AUGAUAGAAAAAUGCUUAGGAACGAAUCGGUGUCGGAGAUUACAGAGAUUCUGGCGUCAAGGAAAAGUGACGCUUCUCUGCCUCGUUCUCACCGUCAUCGUCCUACGUGGCACAAUCGGAGCCGGUAAGUUUGGUACGCCGGAGCAAGACAUCGAAGAGAUCCGCGAGCAUUUGUUCUACUCUCGGAAACGCGCCGAGCCUCACCGUGUCCUCGUCGAGAUCACCACCAAAACGACGUCGACGGAAGACGCAAAUGGCAACAACUACGAAACAUUCGAUUUCAACAAGAUAUUCGUCGACGAAGAAGGAGAAGAAGAGAAAUCCGAAGACCGGAGUAAACCGUAUUCCCUCGGUCCCAAAAUCUCCAAUUGGGAUGAGCAGAGACAUGAUUGGCUCAAACAAAACCCGAGUUUCCCUAACUUCGUGGCUCCAAACAAGCCGAGGGUUCUUCUCGUCACAGGUUCAGCUCCUAAGCCGUGUGAGAAUCCUGUCGGAGACCAUUACCUUUUGAAAUCGAUAAAGAACAAGAUCGAUUACUGUCGGAUUCACGGGAUCGAGAUCUUCUACAACAUGGCGUUGCUUGACGCUGAGAUGGCUGGGUUCUGGGCUAAGCUUCCGUUGAUAAGGAAACUGUUGUUGUCUCAUCCUGAGAUCGAGUUUCUAUGGUGGAUGGACAGUGAUGCGAUGUUUACGGACAUGGUGUUCGAGCUUCCGUGGGAGAGGUACAAGGAUUAUAACCUCGUGAUGCACGGUUGGAACGAGAUGGUUUACGACCAGAAGAAUUGGAUUGGGCUUAAUACUGGAAGUUUCUUGCUUAGGAACUCGCAAUGGGCCCUUGAUCUCCUCGACGCUUGGGCUCCCAUGGGCCCAAAAGGGAAAAUCCGUGAAGAAGCGGGUAAAGUAUUGACCCAGGAGCUUAAAGACCGACCCGCUUUCGAAGCUGACGAUCAGUCUGCGAUGGUUUAUCUAUUGGCGACUGAGAGAGCGAAAUGGGGAGGGAAAGUGUAUUUAGAGAGUGGCUAUUACUUGCAUGGUUAUUGGGGGAUUUUGGUGGACCGGUACGAGGAGAUGAUUGAGAAUAAUAAACCGGGUUUUGGAGAUCAUCGGUGGCCACUUGUUACGCAUUUUGUCGGGUGUAAACCGUGUGGAAAAUUUGGAGAUUAUCCAGUGGAAAGGUGUCUCAGGCAGAUGGACAGAGCGUUUAAUUUUGGAGACAAUCAGAUUCUUCAGAUGUAUGGGUUCACUCAUAAGUCGCUAGGGAGUCGGCGCGUGAAGCCAACGCGCAAUCAGACGGAUAGGCCGCUUGAUGUCAAGGAUGAGUUUGGGCUGCUUCACCCGUCGUUUAAAGCGGCAAAACUCAUGACGUGA